AAAAAUCCACUCUCAUGAAAGGUUUGACUGUGUUUGGUAGAAUGUCUCCGCGUAUUUUGAAUCCGUGCUGUGCCAGUGACCGUGAAGCUAACACUCCAGUCUCCGUUGCAACAACAGCGUUGCGUUCACGGACUGUCGGUUUUCUCCAUCGCGUCUUUCCGCCUGCUCCCUCCUGGCGCGGUUGGUACGUCACCGUCGCUUCCUCCCAUUCACUGCAGGCUGUUAUGGCGGAGGUGGAGAAAACCGACACAAUGAUGGAGUACCACAGCGAUUUCCUGAAAACGGACAAGAAGAGCAACCGCUACCCAUUCUGCAUCGUCUGGACCCCCAUUCCGCUGCUGUCGUGGGUGCUCCCCUUCAUUGGUCAUAUGGGCAUCUGCACCUCCUCUGGAGUCAUCCGAGACUUUGCAGGAUCAUAUUUUGUGUCUGAGGACAAUAUGGGGUUUGGCCGCCCUACUAAGUACUGGAAGCUAGAUGUGGACAAAGUGUGUGGUAAUGGUGCAGCCACGUGGGACAAAGCAGUGCACGACGCAUCCGAGGAGUACAAAUGCAGGCCGCACAAUCUGUGCUUUGAUAACUGCCAUUCUCAUGUUGCCUUGGCCCUCAACCUCAUGCGAUAUGACAACAGCACAUCUUGGAACAUGGUGAACCUGUGUGCCCUGUCUCUCAUAUAUGGAAAACAUGUGAGCAUGGCCGCGUUCCUCAAGACUUGGCUGCCCUUCAUCAUGCUCAGUGGAGUCCUGGCCACCUUCAUCCUCACCUUCCAUUUACAGUAGUGUGUCAGGCUCUGGGUCUGCUUCAAUUUUUCAUUUCCCCUUCAGGGAUUAAUAAACUACCUUGUCUAAAUGCAUCAUGUAAUGUCACUGAUAUGUCUUGUUAACAUCGAUUGUACAAAAGCCAAGAGGAAAAACUGAAACUUUUACAUGUUGUGUAGUGUGGUGAUUUAGUUUUACAGAGAAACCUUACUUUGUAUUUGAAGUUAUAAAGUAAUUUCUAAAUAAUUAGCUGUUUCUUUUAAUUUUUUUUCAGUACUAAUUUUAAAAAGUCUACAUCUCUGUCUCCAAAGUUUAUCGUUUUACAUGCAGCUUUUUGAAAAUAUUGUCAAUAGUGAAUUUUCAGCAUAUUACUCAACAUUUGAUCCAAAGAAAUGGAUUUGCUGAGGUCAAUUUUUCAUGAGACGCCCUGAUGAAAGCUUUUUCAGACUGGCUACGGUUCAUUUCUGGAACAGAUUCCAGGGAAACGAAUCCAGAAAUCCUAUUCAAUUAUUUGUCCAAUAGAUAUGAGCCGCUACCAAAGAUAGAAUGAUAGAAGGUCCACACAUGAGGAAUUAUGGGACAUUUUUAUGCUCAGCGAAAAUCCAUGAGAUUUCACCUUUAUUGUCUAUAGAGGAAUAAUGCUUUUCAAAUGUGCAGCUUCACACCGAAAUGCUAAUGUAAAUCUGCAAAAUUGUGAACGAAUGACUGUUGUGCUUAAAUAUGCUUUAUUUAUUAUUCAUUGUCAGUAUAGAUUUUUUCUGUUUGAUUUGUAGAUUUGUUUUCCCCGUUUGUCUUUGCUGGAAGACGGCAGUGUAGGUCACAGGCUGUGUACGCCCUAAUCAUCCUCUGUACCUUUAAGGGAGCCAGGGAUCUUUUUCAUCCAGUAGAUUCUAUGAGAUAUGAACUACCAUCAUUUUACAGGAGCCCUUAUUCCCACAGUGGAGCGAAUGAGGAGACACUGAUGUCGUCCUUGCCACCUUGUUAGAUUAGUCUGUAAACACAAAAAAGUCCUUUUUUUCCCACCAUCCUCUUUUGUCGUCAGUCUGACGAUGUGUGUUUUUGCAGUCUUUGUGUUUUGGGGGCUUCUUUUUUUUACGCCCCACCAGCUCUCGGGAUGUCCUUUAUCCUGCGAGUGUUUUGCCGUCACCAGCACAGUGAAAUGUGUAUCCAAGUCUCUGCUCACAGUGCCGAAAAACAUUCCGGGAUAUGCCAGGACUCUCAUCUUCACAGGGAAUCAUUUACACCAAAUUGGACCGGACUCUUUUAAAAAGCUGACGAAUGUAACUAACAUCAUUUUAAGCAACAACAGGUGAGAAUGUUUGUAUUGUUAGUUCUCUGUCACUUGUGUAUAUUCUGCCUUUUUUUAUGGAGACUUUCUUUGUGCAUAAUAAAUUAAUUUUAUCCUCA